AAGCAGAAGCAGAAGCAGACGCCCGCUGCCGUUACCACUGUUGCAGAUGAGAUCAACAAGAGAAGUAAAAGUAUUUUCCCGCUGGUGAGGCCUCCUCUUCCUCUGGAUCAUCGACCUGCCUGAGUUGAACUUGCCCUCGUCCAACUCAGCCUCACCCAGCCCUAGCAACUAAGAUCAUCUGGACUUCCUCCCUCUUCUCCCACCUUCUUCUUCUUUCUCCCAAUUUUCAGCACUGCACUAUGGCAGGACGAGGUGCGGCAGGACGAGGUGCACCAGCACGGACCAACGGCACUGCAGCAAGCAACAAAAUAUGCCAGUUUAAGCUAGUGCUGCUGGGGGAGUCGGCAGUGGGAAAGUCCAGCUUGGUGCUGCGCUUUGUCAAAGGCCAGUUCCAUGAGUACCAGGAGAGCACCAUCGGGGCUGCCUUCCUCACACAGACAGUAUGUUUGGAUGAUACAACAGUCAAGUUUGAGAUCUGGGACACUGCAGGACAAGAACGGUAUCAUAGCUUGGCACCCAUGUACUACAGAGGAGCUCAGGCCGCCAUUGUGGUCUACGAUAUCACCAAUGCAGAUACAUUCACACGUGCAAAGAACUGGGUGAAGGAGCUUCAGCGACAAGCCAGCCCAAAUAUUGUUAUUGCACUGGCAGGGAACAAAGCUGACCUGGCCAACAAGAGAACUGUAGAUUUCCAGGUAAAAAGGAGGAUGUACAACAGUUUACUCUUCAUGGAGACUUCAGCCAAGACUGCUAUGAAUGUGAAUGAGAGUUUUAUGGCUAUAGCCAAGAAGCUUCCUAAGAACGAGCCUCAGGGUGGAACAGCUGCCGGAGGACAAGCCCGAAGCGGCGUGAACCUGCACGAAGCAGCCCCACAAGGUAGAAGUGGCCAGUGCUGUGGGGGCGGAAACUAACUAAAACAACGAGUCAGCUGAUCCAGCCAGUCUACAGCUUUGAUCAACCCCACCAGAUAUUAGCCAGAUGUCAAACAAUGUCCCAUUGGUCCAACCAAACUAAACCGUGGUUGGACCAACUACCCUACAAGAAACACAGCACCAGUUAGCUGUUUGGCAAAUGAGAGUCCACUGGCCAGUCAACUGCCAGACCCCACUGAUGGUUCCAACUAAUGAAGCAACCAAGAAAUCAACUCACAGGCUUAGUCACAGAAUCAUGUUUUAACCCCAGGACUUGCCAGUCCGUGAUCUCUCUGAUAAUGGGCACCUGACAUCAUCUUAGGGGGAAAAAAUGUCCCACUCACGGAAGAUGGAAAUAAAAGAUCAGUCAUUACCGAUGGCACUUACUAGGGCCAUUGUGCUUGUUUUUGUUUCUGUAUUUGUGUAGAGGGGAAAAAAUUAAUGCAGCAGGAAGUAAUAUAAAUACACUCUCUGGCCCCGUCCUUUCUCUUCUGCUUUCCCUCAUAUCCUAAAUUUCUAAAGUAUUUCCAUAAUGGUUUCACGACACUGAUAAACCUUCAGUCCAAAUGCAUGCAGCAGUCCUGCACUUUUCUGUUUUAUCCCGGUCAGCUCCCUGGAAAAGAGACGCUUUGCAACAAGAGGAUGAGAACAGACAGAUAUUUCCUUCUUCACAGAGUUGUGGAGAGUGAAUUAUGACAUUAUUAUUGUUAUCACUUGUAUUACGGCUUCAACCUCUUGACUGUUAAGUAUAAUUUUAAAGCCUUGACGUAAGGUUUUACAACCAUCCCUCCAUAUUAUCAAACCAUAUACAGUGAGUAGUCCUUUAUUAACAUUGUCACCGUUAUUAGGUAAUUUUAGCAUUAAUGUACUGUUUUUGAAUCAUCAGUGUACAAUGACUAAUACAAAAAGCAGGAUUUGUUUUUUUGACCAAAAUCACAACUGUGUAUUGAAAACAUUGCUGUAUUUGUAUCUGACCUUACCUUUGAAGUUUAUAAUCAGUGGAUAUUGUCAAAACAGUAUCUUCCCAAUCUUUACAUGUUCUGUCAACAUUAAUUAUUUAGUGAUGGAUUUUUUUUGUUUUUGUUUUUUCCCCUGGAGAUUUAUGGUAUUAAAUGCACUAGUUUUGUCUUUGUGAAUUGAGAUGUUCUCUUUAGCUUCCUUUCCUGUUUCUUUUGUCACUUUUUCAUAUCAGGGAGGGUUUGCUUUCAACUGUUGUCAUCCUGUUAUGGAAUCAACAACUAGCACAAUACCUGCACAGCUGCCACUGCUCUCAGGUGGGAGCUGAUGAGAAAGGUGGAGUCAUGAUUACAGAAGAAAGAGGAAAAAAAAUGUAAUUUUAUGAAUAAAAAAGGAGAAGGUA